AUGUACGGGAAGUGCAACAGCAUCAGCGAUGCUAAAAACGUCUUCGAUUCAAUCUCUAAGAGGAACGUUUUCUCCUGGACUAUCAUGCUUGCCGCAUAUGCCCAGAACGGGCAUAUCCGCGAGGCGAGAGAUAUCUUUGACAAAAUGCCCUCGACACUCAAGAAUGUUGUUUCAUGGAACUCAAUGAUUUCUGCAUACUCUCAAGCUGGGAAUUCCAAAGAAGCAUUUUGCAUAUUCAAGCUCAUGGAUCAGGAAGGGAUUCGACCAAAUGAAAUUACGCUGAUUAGCAUUCUGGAUGGAUUCUCCAGUUGCAAUGCCUUAGAACAAGGCAAGAGUGUUCACAAGAGCAUUGAUUCCACUUUCAUUCUUUGUGACGUUCGAGUGGGAACUGCGCUGGUCGACAUGUAUGGAAAAUGUGGAAAUAUUGGAGAGGCCAAGGCUGUGUUUGAUGUGAUGCGGACCAAAAACGAG